GCCAUCUCCCCCCCCCCCUACAUUUCCUCGAUGUGUUUCCUCGUGCGCUUCUGUGUUCUGUCGGGUUCUGGAUCUCUCGACUAGUUUCUGAAUCUUUAUGUUGCACCUCGUUACUUCAGUGCGCUGUAAUCUCGAACACACCUCAGUCUAUCAAAUUGUAGCGGAAGAGGGUCGUGACUUCUUCACGCAUCAGUGUGCAGAGCCGAUCUCAGUGCUUUUGUUCUCCUCUCUUGAAUCAGUGUCUCUUCGACACUCUCACACACGAAGGCCAGUAGUUUUGCUACACUCAAGUUUGAUUCGAAACACGCGCGCGCAUCCUAGUUGCUACUAUCAACUUCGGAUCUGCUUGAAUGAAAUCUGGAUUUGGCCUCGAGUAUUAUCGGAUUUCCUUUUGUUAGCAGAAGUGGUAUUAGGAGUGUCCACUCACCAUCAGGAUCUUCCAGAAUCGUGAAGUUGUACGACUUUCACAAACGCAAAUUCGUUGCAUUGCUGCAUUGUUUACUUUAAGCUUAUGCAUCAUUAGAGUGAUCAAAGGUGAUCGAUGGAGGAAGAGAGUGACUUAGGGAGCUGUAGUUCCUCAGUUGCGAUACCGUACAAGUGGGAAGCAGUUCCUGGAAGGCCCAUUAUAGAGCCCUCGCCGGUAGUUGAACCAUGGAUGAGCCCGCUCCGCCCGCCUCCAUGCAUUCGAAGCUCUCCUAAACCACAGUCUUUCACUUUUGAAGGUUUUGAACCAGAUCUACCUGCAUUGCCUGAGACGCAACUUGCCGUGAAGGUUUUGAAGAAGUUGAGUAGACUACGACGGAAAUCCGUCAAUGCCACGUCGUGCUUCACGUCCGAUGCUGCCCGAGUUAUAGAGAAUAGUGGCCAGUUGUUUCCCUUAGAAGAUCUCGACAGUUCUUAUGAUUCCGAUGUUGUGAGCGAUCAAUCCGGCACACCAUGCUCUUUGGCCUCCAGUGAGUCUUCUUUCUUUGGCUCUAAUAACAGUACACCAUAUGUUAAUAUCGCUACUCCCUCUUCUCCCUCCACGGUCAGUGCACGGCCAUCCUCAUGCCGCGUGGAAGACGCCGAUUCUCAGGGCGAAGAGGAUGGAUCUGACAACGAGAAGACUCUUUGUGGACCCCACGAAUCGGCUUGGCACCAGCCUCUCGACGAAGUCCCAGCAUGCGAAAUCCCUCAUAAAUGGCAAUUGCGAAGAUCUUACUCCACUCUUGUCCCUGCACUUCUGCGGAACUCCACAUCCUCCCGCAGCUUCAAGCGCCUCUCCCUUGGUAGACGAACCGAUCCUCCAGUGAGAAUGUCGCCCCGGUAGACUGAGAGUUGGAGCCGGAUCAACACGUUAAUGCUGUUAAUUUUGUCUCAUCGGCCAUUGUGGUAGAAUCUUCUCUUCACGCAUGAUCACUGUCGAUACGAGGUGAUAGUGACAGAUAGUGGAGGUAGAUCACUGACCAAAUAGUGCUGUCAUAAAACACCCAAACAUCAUGCGUCCUACAGUCAUUUACAACUAUCCCGUGUAGCUGCAGAGGCUAGACUGCCCGCCUCACGGGAGAUGUCCAUGUAAAUUCAGUGCGGAGUAUUUCCAUCUGUGAUGCCAACGUCUAAGACGAUGUAACCGGCUCCUUUUUAACUUCACCACAUUAGCUGAAAUCUGUGUUCAUUGCAAUCUGUCGAACUAUGUCGGGCAGGCAUUUUUCGUGAGAGUCCUUGUGGUGUGCACAUCACCUGGCUCGUUUCGGUGCUGCACUGCACUUGCACGGUGACUCCUUCAGACACAUGUUUGUUGUGGAUUCGCUAUUACACUUGAUGCAUCGAUGCUGAUGUGUACAUCUUGUACGAACCUAGUGUUUUCAUUUCUGUUUGCAGUGUCUGAACAGCGUUGCGUGGUGUGACUUGAGUGUUGAAGUAGAGAUUAAAUUCUACGUGACGACGGAAUUAUAAAUUCAAUUUUCUGUGCUCUGAUGUCUUCAAGUUGUUAUGUAAUAAAUUUGGUAUUCCGCUGAA